AUGCUUUCAUUCACAUGGAAUGCUCCUGUUGAAUCAUUAACAGAUCCAAAUCAGUUCUUCAAAGGAUUAGGAGCAGAUAGUGUUCAUGGCCCAAUUAUUAGAUCCCAUGAAUUCUGUGGAAUGAAGCAAAUUCCAUCAUUCCAAUGCAAUGAUGUUAUCAAGAACCCAGACUUCGAUUCUUACAUUAAGAAUUAUGAAGCUCACCUUACACAGUAUUUUGGAAAGCAAUAA